AUGGCACAUGUAGGAACAGAAAAUCACCAUUUUGAUGAAAUCAUUCAACAUUUUUACCAAAUUGCUCAUAAAGAUGAUCACGUGAAUCUGACUACAUUUCCAUUGGCUGGGCUAUUUCCGGAAGACCUACAGGUUUACUUUCGUUACCAUGGUAGCCUAACCACUCCUCCUUGUUCUGAAAGUGUCAUCUGGACAAUCUUUAAAGACACCAUAAAAAUUUCCGAGGACCAGUUGAUGAAAUUCCGUCAUAAUGUACACCGGAACUACGCCAAUGAGGAAGAUCGAGACAUAUCUAACGACUUCCGGCCAACACAACCUCUCAAUCACCGCUAUGUUUAUGCAAGCCAUCCUAGCGCCAUAUCUCUCUCUACAACACUGCACAAUAUUUGGUUAAAUAUAUGUACACUUAGCAUUAUUUUCAUGAUCACAGCUUUUUUAUAG